UCUCCCCCCCAACAAACCCACUGCCUCCACAUCAAAUCUCCCCAUUUUCUACGCCCCAACAAACCCACUGCCUCCACAUCAAAUUUCUCUGUAACUAACUCGUAACUGCCUGAGAAAUCCUUCAACUUUAAAUCUCUCAGGUCAGCUCUGAUAAGUACUAACAUUCCACUAUCAUACCCAUCUCCCACCACAGUUCAAACUUUAGAGCUCACUAAAGACCGAUUAAAUACGGAUUCUCUCUUCAUGGGUUCUUACAAAAUCUUGCUCUUCCUAGUUCUCUUCCCUUGUUCUGAUCUAUUCCUCUCUGUGAACUCCAUCGAGUUCGAGGUUGGCGAUGACAAAGGCUGGGAAGUUCCCCCAUCAAAGAACCAGCAAAUGUACAACGAAUGGGCAUCACAAAACAGGUUCCAAGUCGACGACACCGUCCGUUUCAAGUACAAGAAAGAUUCAGUUAUGGUGGUGAGUGAAUCAGACUACGACAAAUGCCACUCCACCCAACCUAUGUUCUUCUCCAACAAUGGAGACACAACAUUCACAUUGAACCGCUCGGGCCUAUUUUAUUUCAUCAGUGGAGUCGUCGGGCAUUGUGAGAAGGGACAGAAGAUGAUCAUAAAGGUGCUGCAGGAGACUGCAAAUAGCCCUCCGCCUAGUGUCCAGAAUGGGACGACGAACAGUUCGCCUACGGAGAGUGGUGCAGCAGCAAUGAGAACUGGGGUUUCUGCUUCAACUCUUGUGCUGUUUAUCAUGUCAGUCAUUGGCUUCAUCUUCGUUUAGCAGUAUUUGUAGCAGGAAUUAAUGAGGUCUUCAAAUGUUUAUUUGUUAAAAAUUCAGUUUUAGUUUUUUUUUUUUUUUUUUAGGAU